AUGGACAUGAACAUGAAGAAGUUCACAGUGCGCCGCUUCUUCUCGGUCUAUCUCCGCAAGAAGUCCCGGUCAAAGAGCUCGAGCCUAAGUAGAUUUGAGGAAGAAGGUAUCGUGAAGGAAAUAGACAUCAGUCAUCAUGUCAAGGAAGGUUUUGAAAAAGCAGAUCCUUCUCAGUUUGAACUGUUGAAAGUAUUAGGACAAGGUUCAUAUGGAAAGGUAUUUCUAGUCAGGAAGAUAAAAGGAUCUGAUGCAGGCCAGCUUUAUGCCAUGAAGGUACUUAAGAAGGCAACUCUGAAAGUUCGGGAUCGGGUACGAUCUAAAAUGGAGAGAGAUAUUUUGGCAGAAGUGAACCAUCCUUUCAUAGUCAAGCUUCAUUAUGCAUUUCAAACAGAGGGAAAGUUGUAUCUAAUACUAGAUUUCCUGCGGGGAGGGGACCUUUUCACCAGACUCUCCAAAGAGGUGAUGUUUACAGAAGAGGAUGUCAAGUUCUACUUAGCUGAGCUGGCCUUGGCAUUAGACCACCUCCAUGGUCUUGGAAUUAUUUACAGGGAUCUAAAACCAGAAAACAUUCUUCUUGAUGAAGAGGGUCACAUUAAGAUAACAGAUUUUGGUCUGAGUAAAGAAGCCAUCGACCAUGACAAGAGAGCAUACUCGUUCUGCGGGACAAUAGAGUACAUGGCCCCAGAGGUGGUCAACCGGCGAGGACACACGCAGAGUGCCGACUGGUGGUCCUUCGGCGUGCUCAUGUUUGAGAUGCUGACGGGAUCAUUACCCUUCCAGGGAAAAGACAGAAAGGAGACAAUGGCACUCAUUCUCAAAGCCAAGCUGGGAAUGCCACAGUUCUUGAGCAUAGAAGCCCAGAGCCUGCUGCGAGCCCUCUUCAAAAGGAACCCCUCCAACAGAUUAGGUGCUGGAUUUGAUGGAGUGGAAGAAAUUAAACGUCACCCUUUCUUUGUUACUAUAGACUGGAAUAAACUGUACAGAAAAGAAAUCAAGCCGCCUUUCAAGCCCGCAGUGGGGCGGCCAGAAGACACCUUUCAUUUUGAUCCAGAGUUCACAUCUCGGACCCCCACAGAUUCCCCAGGUGUUCCUCCAAGUGCCAAUGCUCAUCAUCUUUUCAGAGGGUUCAGCUUUGUUGCCUCUAACUUGGUGCAGGAGCCUGCACAGCAAGAUGUGCACAAAAUCACCGUUCACCCAAUUGUGCAGCAGUUACAUGGCAACAACAUUCAUUUUACUGAUGGAUAUGAGAUCAAGGAGGACAUAGGAAUUGGCUCCUAUUCAGUGUGCAAAAGAUGUGUUCAUAAAGCUACAGAAACAGAGUUUGCAGUGAAGAUAAUUGAUAAGAGCAAGAGAGACCCCUCUGAAGAAAUUGAGAUACUUUUGCGGUAUGGACAGCAUCCAAACAUCAUUACUCUUAAAGAUGUCUAUGAUGAUGGGAAAUUUGUGUACCUGGUGAUGGAGCUGAUGCGGGGAGGCGAGCUGUUGGACCGCAUCCUUCGACAGAAGUGUUUCUCAGAACGGGAGGCCAGCGCUGUGCUGUGCACCAUCACCAGGACUGUGGACUACCUACACUCUCAGGGCGUGGUGCACCGAGAUCUCAAGCCAAGUAAUAUCCUCUACAUGGAUGAGUCAGGAAACCCAGACUCUAUCAGGAUCUGUGACUUUGGGUUUGCCAAGCAACUCAGAGCGGAGAACGGGCUGCUCAUGACUCCCUGCUACACAGCCAACUUUGUCGCUCCUGAGGUCCUUAAACGCCAAGGUUAUGAUGCAGCCUGUGACAUUUGGAGCUUGGGGAUCCUGCUGUACACCAUGUUGGCAGGAUUCACUCCUUUUGCAAAUGGACCAGAUGACACCCCAGAGGAGAUUCUGGCCAGGAUUGGCAGUGGCAAAUAUGCUCUUACAGGAGGAAACUGGGAUUCAGUAUCUGAUACUGCAAAGGACAUUGUGUCUAAGAUGCUUCAUGUAGACCCUCAUCAGCGCCUCACAGCAGUCCAAGUCCUGAGACAUCCAUGGAUAGUGAACAGGGAGUACCUGUCUCAAAACCAACUCAGCAGACAGGAUGUUCACCUGGUCAAGGGUGCAAUGGCAGCCACUUACUUUGCUUUAAACCGAGCACCUCAGGCACCAAGGUUGGAGCCUGUAUUGUCCUCCAAUCUGGCUCAGCGGCGAGGCAUGAAGAGACUUACCUCUACCAGAUUGUAGCAGUACCCCCAAAAGGCCUCCUUGAAAACCCACAGUCUAUUAUUUGAAAAAUUCAUCUUUACUUGGCUAGCAGAACUUUCUUGGACAACCUGCACAUGAAAUUGCCAGAACUAGCAGAAACCCACGUAAGGCAAAGUUCUCAUUUGCUACAUCUUUUCUUUUACAUUCCAGCCAGGGUCCUGAGUUUAACAACUUCACAAAGAUGUGCCCGUUUUGCCAGUAGCUCUGUUUCUUUACUGAGAUAAAGCCAAACAAAAUAGGUGAGCUCCAUCCUUUCCACCCUAGAAAAACUAUUUUUGAGUCCGUAAGAUGUUCCAUGGGAACAGUUUUCAUUUUGUUUCUCAA